AUGGAGGCAAAGGUGGAAGAAAUCAAGCAGCUCUUCAGAGAUGACUAUCUCAUUCAAGCACACAAAAAACUAACAGAACUUGGUAAGAAUAAUUUAGAAGCUGAGCUGACAGAUGAAGAAAAACUGUCUCUAGCUGAAAUGUCUGAGGCCAGGGUCAUAAAAGACGAUCUUCAGAUGGCAAAUCUAUUAUUAGAGCAUUUAUCAGAUUUAGAAUCAUGGGAGCCUGUAGCCCAAGAAGAAGAUAUAGUAACAUUCUCUAAAAGUACUCAAUCAGAAGUCAUUGUUCGUGGCGAAAUGCUGCUCCAUCAGCCCAUAACUCCUUUGCUGGCACUUUUUUCAGAAUGCGAUUUGUUAAAAAAUUGGGUACCGAUCCUCAAAGACGCAAAAUGUUUGGGUCAGCCAAGCAUUUUUAGGAGGAUUAUUCAUUACUUUUUUGACCUGCCCUGGCCUGUUACAAAUCGUGAUAUGGUUGUAAGCGCUGUUGGGGUCCCUAUCCCUGAAAAUAACUCAACGCUUAUGAUUAUAAGAAGUAUUGAUCAGUAUACAAACUUUUUAGGUAUAAAUAUUCCUGCCCCAGAAGGAAUCAGGAUUACUAUGGAUUAUGCGUGCUUAAACGUAACUUAUUUAGGUCCAAAUGAAUCACAAAUUUCACUGAUUGCGAGGUGCAACCCUCAUAUGGCGCUGAUACCAACUGUUUUAGUAAAUUAUGUGACUAAUUCCCUCCUUUUAAAUUGGAACAAAAUCAUGUUCCAGAUUAAAAUGUUUUUUAAAAAAAAUUAUAUUUUUAGAUCUUAAAAAAAUAUAAAUUGAGCAAAAUGCUUUGAAUUUUUUUUUAUUUUGAUGAAGAAAUAAUUAAAUAAUAAAUCCAUUCUGCGUGAAAACUGUUUAAAUAGCGUUCUGCUUGAACUUUUUCAAUUAAUUUUAUAAAAAUUAGUUUUUUUAAUGGUUAGCUUUUUUUUAAAAAUAUAAAUUGUACAAUAUUUUGAAUUUUAAAAGAAUUAAAUAAAAAAAUUAAUCUAUUCUGCGUGAAAAAUGCUUAAAUAAAGUUUCUACCUGCAUUUUAUCUAUAUCUAUUAAAUUAGGUCAAAACUAAUUUUAUAAAAAUUAGUAUUUUCAUCGAUAAAAUUUUCCUAUUUAAAAAAAUUUUGCCCAAAUUUAAAAAGAGUUAAAGUAACCUAAAAUUCCAAUUUAAAGGGGUGGAGUAAGCAUGGAAUUCUUUAUUUUUUGCAGUCUGUUAGAGAGCAAUGUGAGAAGUAUGAAGGAAGCUUGCAUCAGCAGUCGGUUAAAGCGAAUCCUGCAUAUUACGAAGAAGUUGUGAAAAGAAUUAAUAUCGACAUCCUAAUUUAA